GGGAAGAGCUUCGGCCACAGCUCGGCCCUGGCCCACCACCGGCGCAUCCACACCACGGAGCGCCCCUACCGCUGCCCCCAGUGCGGGAAGAGCUUCUGCCGCAGAACUGACCUCGUCGUCCACCAGCGCGUCCACACCGGCGAGCGCCCGUACCAGUGCCCCCAGUGCGGGAAGAGCUUCUGCCGCAGAACUGACCUCGUCGUCCACCAGCGCGUCCACACCGGCGAGCGCCCGUACCAGUGCCCCCAGUGCGGGAAGAGGUUUGGCCACAGCUCCACCCUCCACGCGCACCAGCGGAUGCACACAGGUGAGCGACCCUACAACUGCGGCAACUGCGGGAAGAGCUUCUGCCGGAGCUCGGAACUCGUCGUCCACCAGCGCGUCCACACCGGGGAAAAGCCCUACCAGUGCUCCCAGCUGAUCGGCUGGUGCGGGAAGGGCUUCAGCUGCAGUUCGGCCUUCUUGCAGCACCAGCACAUCCACACUGGGGAAAAACCCUACUAUUGCGCCGGCUGCGGCAAGAGCUUCUGCGACCACUCCACCCUGGUCCACCACAAGCGCAUCCACAGCGGGGAGAAGCCCCACCAGUGUCCCCAGUGCGGGAAGAGCUUCUUCUACAUCUCGGCCCUCACCAACCACCUGCGCACCCACACUGGGGAGAAGCCCCACCAGUGCCCCCAGUGCGGGAGGGGCUUCAAGCAGAGCUCAUCCCUUGUAAACCACCUGCGCAUCCACACCGGGGACCGGCCCUACCACUGCUCCCAGUGCGGGAAGAGCUUCAACCACAGCUCCUCCCUCAUCACCCACCGGCACAUCCACACUGGGGAGAAGCCCUACAAGUGCGACAUCUGCGGCAAGGGCUUUGGCCAGAGCUCGGUGCUGGCGAAGCACCAGCGGCUGCACGCCGGAGAUCGGCCCUACGCCUGCGCCAAGUGCGGGAAGAGGUACCGCUGGAGCUCGGAACUCAUCAUCCACCAGCGCAUCCACACCGGGGAGCGGCCGUACCAGUGUGACGACUGCGGGAAGAGCUUCGUUGACAGGUCUGCGCUGAUCCGCCACCAGCACACGCACACUGGGGAGAAGCCCUUCCAGUGUUCCCAGUGUGGGAAGGGCUUCUACUGCAGCUCAGCCCUCGUCUCCCACAAGCCCAUCCACACUGGGGAGAAGCCCUUCCAGUGCCCCCAGUGCGGGAAGAGCUUCAAGCACAGCUCAGCCCUGAUCCGCCACCAGCGCAUCCACACUGGGGAGAAGCCCUUCCAGUGUUCCCAGUGCGGGAAGAGCUUCAGCCGCAGCUCAGCCCUCAUCAGUCACCAGCACAUCCACACCGGGGAGAAACCCUACCAGUGCUCCCAGUGCGGGAGGAGCUUCAGGCACAGGUCGGCUCUGCUCAGGCACCACCGGAUCCACCUGCGAUAG